CGCCCCCGCCCCGGCGCCGCGCGAGGGCUCAGCUAAGCUGCGCCCCGCCCCGUCCCCACCGGUCUCCUUCAAGUCGUCUGGGGGUCGCGGUCCCUUUAAGCUGCCCGGCGCGGAGGCGGGGCCGAGCCUCGGGGACCGGAAGUUGGGCGCGUGCGUCACUUCCUCCCGGAAGCGGGUCUGGGCGGAUGUCUACUGCGCGUCCGUGUGCGGGGCUGAGGGCCGCGGUGGCGGCCGGCAUGGGGCUGAGCGACGGGCCAGCGGGCUCUGGCCGCAGCUGCCGCCUUCUACGCCCGCCCGCGCCGGCUCCGGCGGUGCCUGGGGCCCGGCUGUUGCGGCUUCCGGAGAGCGGGGCCGUGCAGGCCGCAAGCCCCGAGCGCUCCGGUUGGACCGAGGCGCUGCGGGCCGCCGUGGCCGAGCUGCGCGCCGGCGCCGUGGUGGCGGUUCCAACUGACACGCUGUAUGGUCUGGCCUGCUCGGCAAGCUGCUCGGCGGCCCUGGGCUGCGUCUAUCGCCUCAAGGGCCGCAGCGAGGCCAAGCCGCUGGCCGUGUGCCUGGGCCGCGUGGCCGACGUCUACAGGUACUGCCGGGUGAGGGUACCCAAGGAGCUCCUGGAGGACCUGUUGCCAGGACCAGUGACCCUGGUGAUGCAGCGCUCCGGGGAGCUCAACAAAGACCUGAACCCCUUUACUCCUCUGGUUGGCAUCCGGAUCCCUAACCACGCCUUCAUGCAGGACUUGGCCCAAAUGUUUGGGGGACCAAUUGCACUCACCAGUGCCAACCUCAGCUCCCAAGCCAGUUCUCUGAGUGUUGAGGUGAGAAUUGGCCCCAGUGGGCUAAACUGCUGUUUCCUCGGAACCAGUAAGAAGACUGCACUCGGAUUUCAUGGCCGAAAUUGGGCCUUUGGUGCAACAAUAAGGAGGCUACCCAUGUGGUAUGGUUUAGGGAGGACAUCCAGAUGAAAGAAUAUUGGAAGGGCCAGGUGGUGCAUACUUGUAGUGCCAGCACUAAGGCCAAGGCAAGAAAACCUUUUUGUUUUUGUUGUGUUUGGUGAUAGGAGCUGUCCUCGAACUCGAGCUCUGCUUGCUUCUGCUGGUACUACAGCAUGAACCACCACUACCUGUGUAGAUGAAGACUACUUUUGUUUCAUGGCCACCCAGACCCGGAUAAUCACACAGAAACUAUAUUAAUUAUAACAGUUUGGCCAACGGCUCAGGCGUAUUCCUAUUUAGCUCUUGCAUCUUAAAAUUAACCUUGUAUUACCACGUGGCUGUGAUGUUACCUCAUUUUCUACAUGUCUUGUUUCCCCUGGGACUGGCAUC